AUGCUUACGUCGCACUUUGAAUAUCCCAGCCGCGCGGCUGCCGGCCCCGCCAUUGUCACGAUCGACGAUGUCAAGCUAGGCAGACAAGUGUCUACGCUCCAUCUCACUCUCUGGCAAGAUGGCCUUCUAUCGCAAUCGCCAUGGGUCACACCUUCGGUUUCGCGUCGCGUUACACUUGCAUAUACAAGCCAUACGAAUCUGAGCACCUUCGAAGGCAUCACGAUACCAACGGCAUAUGAAGCGUCUCCGACAGCGGCGCUACCUCCAAUCCCGGACUUCGAGCUACUCAAGACUCAAGACAUAGAUAACAACUGGGAACUGUCAAGAUUGCCUAAGCCACCUGGACCAUUAAGCUACCUAACCAAGUGGCGCUUUUACAUGCCGCGCGGAAACCCACUGGUAUCAGGAACGACGGAUAUGUGGAUCCGCUUGUCGAACGGGGAGCGUAUUACACAGGGUGCGCUAGCCUAUGUCGCAGACGCUUUUCCACACAAUCUCCACAUGUUUCUCGCAACACCAGAGCUCCGUGCGCUUAUAGAAGCACAGCAAAAACAGGCCAACUCAAACGCCAAGGGACAGGGAGGAACAGAGGAACGUGCGAGCUUAUGGUUCCCAACUCUGACGAUGAACUUGGAAGCGAAGAUGGCGCUUCCGGAGCAAGGUAUUGAGUGGUUGACUGUUAGAGUGACGACUAAGCAGAUUAAGGAUGGUAGAUUUGAUAUUGAUUUACUUAUAAGGGAUGUGGAUGGGGAAAUUGUGGCUUUGAGUCAACAGGUUGCGAUGAUUCUAAGUAUUGAACGGAAUAUGGCGAGUAGAAAGCCGAAGGCAUUACUAUAA